UGACGGGGGCGGCCAUUUUAGUGUUGUGGCCGGGGGUCAUAGGGACGUCGGGCAGUGCUGGGGGAAGGCAGGAUGCUCUCUCGGUUGGCGUUGCGUGUCCUGGCCCCAGCCGGCCUGAAGAGCUCAGUGGCUCUACCCUCCCUGUCAUCGGGCGUAAUUCAUGCAUCAAGAUCACUUCACACAAGUCAACAGCACUUGGCUCCUGUGCCAUCUCUUCCAGAGAAAGGAGGAAAAGUUCGCCAUGGAAUAAUCCCUGAAGAGUUUUUCCAGUUUUUAUAUCCUAAAACAGGAGUCACAGGUCCAUAUAUGCUUGCAACUGGAUUGACACUCUACUUCCUGUCUAAGGAAAUUUAUAUAAUAAAUCAUGAAACAAUAACUGGUGUUCUUAUUGUGGGUUUACUAAUCUAUGGAAUUAAGAAGUAUGGUCCUGUUGUAGCAGCUUUUCUUGACAAAACAAUGGACGAGGAACAUGCUGCUUACGAGGACUUAAAAAGUGCUUAUAUAAAUAGAUGCCAGAACGGAAUUGAGGAGGAAAAAAAAGAGCAAUGGAGACUUGAGGGCCGCCACUAUCUCUUUGAUGCCAAGCGGAACAAUAUUGCUAUGAUCCUGGAGGCCAACUAUAGAGAAAGGCUUCUCAUUGCAUCCAGGGAAGUGAAGAAGAGGCUAGAUUAUCAAAUUGCAUUACAGCAGCUCAAGCGGCGUCUGGAACGAGAUCAUAUGAUCAAUUGGGUAGAACAAAGUGUUUGGCAGAGUGUUACUGCCCAACAGGAGAAGGAGAAUAUAGCUAAAUGCCUCUUGGACCUGAAAGCACUGUCAAAGUCUGCCCAACCAUCUCUCUAAGUCGAGCAUUAAGUUGUAACUUCCAGAAUUGUACAAUUUCUAUCCUUAAUUAAAACAUGUGUAUCCUGGUUUUGUUUACUCUGA